AUGUACGAUUUCAGUCAUUUCUCUCACGGAAAACUGGAUGUCGGUGCUGGGGCUGAAAUUCGGGUCUUUGAAUUACAACAGCUCAUCUUCAUCCCAGUGACCUCGAAACAGCAAAUGUUUUUCUGGAGGUGCUCCGUGGGCCUCCACCAGACCCAAAAAGUCCGGCGUGACUCGGAAGAGAAUUCCAAAGGGGAGGAACGGGAGCGGGGAAUCUGGUACAGGAAUAUGCUUCUAAAUAAUUCAGUCACACCACUCCCUUCCUGCCACCCAUGUGCUCAGAGCCUGGGGACACUGAUAAGGGCGCAUUCCCAGGUCGUCAAGAGAUCUGUUUUCUCCUUCCAGUGGGUUGCCAGCAUUGAUGUGGUGGAGAAUGAAGAGGCCAGCGCUAGCAUCGUUGUUAAAAUGACAGACUCGUUCACUGAGCAGGCUGACCAGGUGACUGCUGAGGUUGGAAAGCUCUUGGGUGAAGAGAAGGUGGAUGCAAUUCUUUGCGUUGCUGGAGGAUGGGCCGGGGGCAAUGCCAAAUCCAAGUCUCUCUUUAAGAACUGUGACCUGAUGUGGAAGCAGAGCAUAUGGACCUCGACCAUCUCCAGCCAUCUGGCUACCAAGCAUCUCAAGGAAGGAGGCCUCCUGACCUUGGCUGGCGCAAAGGCUGCUCUGGAUGGGACUCCUGGUAUGAUCGGGUACGGCAUGGCCAAGGGUGCUGUUCACCAGCUCUGCCAGAGCCUGGCUGGGAAGAACAGCGGCAUGCCGCCCAGGGCAGCCGCCAUCGCUGUGCUCCCGGGCGUUUUUGACUGCCGCAAGUGGGGUCAGUUGCUCCUCUCCUCAGAUUUAACCUUCCAUGACUGGAUCACAGGGAAAAACCGACCGAGCUCAGGAAGCCUAAUCCAGGUGGUAACUACGGAAGGAAGGACGGAACUCACCCCAGCAUAUUUUUAGGCCUCAUCUCAGUGCCUGUGAGGGGCCUGCCAGAAAAGUCACUAACCCGUUUCAGUGUGGCCUUGUCCAGCCUUGUGUUUUCUGUAACCCCUGUUUGUGGAACGAGAUAAUGAGUCCUAUUUUUCUCUCACGUAACGUGCAUUUGCUCUCCUAGGACAGUGUAAUACGUUUAUGUGAAGUGAAAACAUGCAAGAUGGGCGGCCUGCAAAUAGCAUCCGUCAAUCUGUGUUAACUGCAUAGGGAAGGCUCUGCAUAGUCCCUGCUAUGGCGGUGUCAUGUUGGAUCACUUUUGAGACUGUUUAUCUGUCCUUGACAGUGGCUGUCAUCUUGACUGCUUUGUUGAUUUGUUGGUAUUGGGGACAUUUGAAAGGCUGAGUUAUUUUUGAAUGUCAUGUUUAUGUCAUAGAUGUAGUUUUCGCAGCCUUGAAUUAAACUGCCUUAAAACUCCUUUUGUGGUAUAAGCAAAACCCCAUGGACCCUGUCCUGGUAUCCUUUUCCUGUGUGGUUGCCAAGUGUCCUCUGGCCUAGGGUUAAGUGUGCAAGAUGACUACUUGUGAGUAUUCAGAAUGUUGUUCCUAAUACAUGCACUUGUUGUCCGUCUUCUUUAAUCAAAUCACGUCUUAUAUACAGCAGUCAGAGAUGAGUACACUAGAAUCAUGGAUUGCUGGAGGUCUUUUAAUCUGGUGUUCUCAGAAGGGGGUGGAUUUAAAUCCUGAAAUAAAUAUUUCAACACAA